CCGCCUUCAUCUGGCCCAGCCUCCAUCUACAGCAGAGUCCUCCCUCUUGUCCCUGCCAGGCCCCUCCAGCAGGGGGACUGGGCUCUCCUGGGAAAUCCUAACUGGCAAGAACCCAUCCUGCCUCCUGUGCCUUCUCACUGGUCUCAGCCCGCCCUGUGGGGUUCUGUAAAGGGUACGGGCUUCUUCUGCCACAGGGAGCCUCUCCCUGCUGGCCUGCCUGUGUCCCUGGGGGAGCGGGCUGCACUUGUUUGGACGUGUCUCUCUCUUCCCAGAGCAUGCAUCAGCAGCAGCAGCUCCAGCACCAGCAGUUCCAGAAGGAACUAGAGAAAAUCCAGCUCCUACAACAGCAGCUGCCCUUCCAUCCACCUGGAGACAUGGCUCAAGAUGCUGAGCUCUUGGACUCGUCCGGCCUGUACUCCGAGAGCUCGGGCACCAGCAGCCCCAGCACGUCACCCAGAGCCUCCAACCACUCGCUGCACUCCACUGGCUCAGCCUCCAAGGCUGGCACCAGCCCCUUCCUGGAGCAGGACGAUGAGGAUGAGGAAACCAGCAUGGUGAUAGUUGGGAAGAUUUCAUUCUGUCCCAAGGACGUGCUGGGUCACGGAGCUGAGGGCACGAUUGUGUACCGGGGCAUGUUUGACAACCGCGAUGUGGCCGUCAAGAGGAUCCUCCCCGAGUGUUUCAGUUUUGCGGACCGCGAAGUUCAGCUGCUUCGAGAAUCAGAUGAGCACCCCAACGUGAUCCGUUACUUCUGCACAGAGAGGGACCGGCAGUUCCAGUACAUUGCCAUUGAGCUGUGUGCAGCCACCCUGCAGGAGUACGUGGAGCAGAAGGACUUUGCCCACCUCGGCCUGGAGCCCAUCACCUUGCUGCAGCAGACCACCUCGGGCCUGGCCCACCUGCACUCCCUCAACAUUGUUCACAGAGACCUGAAGCCCCACAACAUUCUCCUCUCCAUGCCCAACGCACAUGGCAGGACCAAGGCCAUGAUCUCGGACUUCGGUCUCUGCAAGAAGCUGGCAGUGGGCCGGCACAGUUUCAGCCGCCGCUCAGGAGUGCCAGGCACAGAAGGCUGGAUCGCUCCAGAGAUGUUGAGCGAAGACUGCAAGGACAACCCGACCUACACAGUGGACAUCUUCUCUGCAGGCUGUGUCUUUUACUACGUGAUCUCAGAGGGCAGCCACCCUUUUGGCAAGUCCCUGCAGCGGCAGGCCAACAUCCUCCUGGGUGCCUACAGCCUCGACUGCUUGCACCCCGAGAAGCAUGAAGAUGUCAUUGCCCGGGAAUUAAUAGAGAAGAUGAUUGCGAUGGAUCCUCAGAAACGCCCGUCCGCGAAGCACGUGCUGAAACAUCCGUUCUUCUGGAGCCUGGAAAAGCAGCUCCAGUUCUUUCAGGACGUGAGUGACCGAAUAGAAAAGGAGUCCUUGGACGGCCCGAUAGUGAAGCAGCUGGAGCGAGGCGGGAGAGCUGUGGUGAAGAUGGACUGGAGGGAAAACAUCACCGUCCCCCUGCAGACAGGUGACCACGCCGACGCCCCAGCCGUGCAUGUUGGCGGAAACGUUUCAAGAGCAGUAGCC